UAGGAUUUUUUGGAAGAGUUUCAGCUAAGGUGGAAUAAUUUUAACAUUGCAUCAUUCUUUGUUUACAUCAUUAGUUGAACAGAUUCCAGGUUUUUUUUUAAAAGUUUACAUGUAUAUGGACUCAAGCAAAUGCAUGAAGUAAGCGGAAUAAACUUUGUUGUAAGCUUUGAUUAAUGGCAGAUUUUAAACAGAAUCGUUCAAGAAGUGAUGGACACGUAAAAAUUGAUAGAUUUUACAAAAACGAAAACACAAAUCGCAGUAUACCUGAUAUUGCCGCUGGAACUCCUCUGAUGGAGGACAUUCAAGGUAGUUCACAAGAAAACCAGGGUGAGAGAGGAACAGAAAAAUACCACCAUGAGUCAGAUUCAGAAAAGAACAAGAACAAAUGGGGCGUGGCAUGGUAUAAAGACAAUGACUAUACUGGACCACAGGAUGAUGAUAUAAAUCCCAAUGAAUCGUUGGUGCAGGAGGUUUCCAGUACGGCUGUCCUGACCCCUCUUGAUGAUGACCUUGUUGGGGAGGAAGUUGAGAGAGACAAUUGGUCAGGAAGGUUGGACUUCUUGAUGUACCUCCUGGGAUACUCUGUUGGAUUGGGAAAUGUUUGGAGAUUUCCGUACUUGGCAUACAGUAAUGGUGGGGGUGCCUUUGUAUUUCCUUUUAUUCUGAUGUUGUUUUUACUGGGUAUACCGUUGAUGUUCCUGGAGUUGGCGUUUGGACAAUAUGCUGCCUUAGGACCUGCUGCCAUCUUUGACAGAUUUUGUCCUUUAUUUACUGGACUUGGCUAUGGUAUGAUAGCCAUAUCUGGAAUGGUUGCAUUGUAUUACACAGUAAUUAUAGGAUGGUGUAUACUCUAUCUGUUUAUAUCCUUUACAUCUGUGUUGCCAUGGGAAGAUUGCCAUCAAGACUGGGCUACACCGUACUGUUACUCUUACGGUGCUGCAGAUGCUUGUUCAGCUGUAAAUGGAAGUAUAUACUUCAAUCAGACUUGUUAUAAUGCUUCCAUGGCUAAUGAAAUAGGCCUUAAUCCUAUGAAACUUAACCAUACAGAAAGACAUGCUCCUGCUCAAGAUUAUUUUGAGGUUGAAAUUUUGGGUUUGUCACCUGGUAUUGAAGUAAUUGGCAAUGUACGUUGGAAAGUUAUUUUGUGUUUGGCAGCUGCCUGGACACUAACUUUCUUAGCAUUAGGAAAAGGUGUCAAGUCCACUGGAAAGGUGGUAUAUUUCACAGCUUUAUUUCCUUACUUGGUAUUGUGUAUUUUGUUUUUCCGUGGGGUAACCCUCCCUGGUGCUAUGGACGGCGUCCUAUAUUAUAUCACACCAAGAUUUGAGAAGUUAACUGAUGCUAAGGUAUGGUCAGAUGCAGCAGCCCAGAUUUUCUUUGCACUGAGUCCAGCUUGGGGUGGAUUGAUCACACUUUCAAGUUACAAUAAAUUUCACAAUAAUUGUUUAAAAGACUCGUUAAUAGUAUCGUUUGGCAAUAUUUGUACAAGUUUAUUUGCUGGCUUUGUGAUAUUCUGUAUCAUUGGAUACCUGGCCAAAGAAUUAGACAUGCCUAUAGAUAAAGUCGUAGAUGAAGGUGCUGGUUUAGCCUUCGUAGUAUAUCCAGAUGUAGUUACCAGAUUACCAAUAUCUCCACUGUGGUCUAUUUUAUUUUUUAUUAUGAUGAUUACACUGGGAAUGGGUAGUGAGUUUGCUCUGUUAGAGACCUGUCUGACAGCCAUUCAGGAUACAUACCCGUCAUUGAGGAAGAAGAAAGUCUGGGUAGUUCUGGUCACCUGUAUCAUAGGAUUCUGUGGUGGCAUCAUUGUUACAACUCAGGGUGGUAUGUUUGUGUUACAAUUGAUGGACAAUUACGUUUCUAGUUGGUCGGUGUUUAUCAUGGCUGCCGGAGAAAGUGCCCUGAUUGGCUGGGUUUAUGGAGCAGACAGAUUCUUACAAGACGUACAGAUGAUGAUUGGUCCAAUGUCAAGAAAAACACAAAUAUUCUUUACAAUCUUCUGGAAGUUCUUAUCUCCCCUUACACUUGUUUCUGUGCUGUUGUUUAACCUGAUCCAGUACAAACCUCUGGCUUAUGGAAAUUAUACCUAUCCAGGCUGGGCCAAUGGACUAGGAUGGGUCUUGUCACUCGUACCUAUGAUUAUUAUUACUGUUCUCGCCAUAAAGAAAAUUUACUAUACUCCCUCUGGCAACAUGUCACUUUUUCAGAAAAUCAAAUUUUUAUUGAAGCCAUCACCAGCUUGGGGACCUGCACAUAAAGUUCCACACUUUAAAAUGGAGGAUGAUGAUGAUGAAGAUGAUGGAGUUGUAUCUAAUCCAAACUUCACUAUUACCAAUAUACGUGAAAUCUCAGCUUAGUUCUGGGUCAGGGGUUUUUCUGUUUGAUACAGCACCUUGUGUGUAAUGCUCAAUAACAAGAAAAAUAAAUUAUUGCCUUGUUUUUAUAUGGCUAAGCAGCAUUUAUGUUCAGAUAUUUUCAGCCAAUGUGAAUGUUUCUGAUUUAAGCAUUAAUGUCCUUAUGUACAUAUUGUUUAUGGUUAAGUCCAACCAAAUAUUAAUACAUGUAUUUAUAAGGUUAUCAAGCUCAAGGACUUCAGCAUCAUGUUCAAAAGUUAAUUCUUGUACAUCAACAAUGAUAAAAAGUUUGAAGUUUUUAUGUUAAAGUAUUUGAAUCUCAUGAGGAAAUAUCUUAUUAUUGAAAUGUGUUGUAAAAUUUGUUAUUUUUGAUAGUUUUGUAUCAGUUUUGAAGAUUUCUCCAGGUAAAGAAUCUCUGAAUGAUAUAUUUUAAAAUGUUAUUUUAUGAACAGUUGUUAAAAGUAUGUCAUUUUUGAAGUCUUAUUUCAUUGUUAAUUAAGUAUUAUACAUGUAUUAUGAAUGAAAUUGUUGACAAUUUGAUUGUUUAUUUGUGUUGAAAAUGAAUUCAGAACUAUCAGCUUUAAGUAAAAUUGGUCUUUAUAUGAGAUGCGUCAGACAGAAAUCGGCAGUAUGCAAAUGAAUAUCAAUAUAUCUGUUAACUUAUUUCCAGUUAAAAAAAUCUCUUUGCAAAGUCUGCAACUGUUUGAAAAUUGAGUCGCUACAAGAACCCUACAAAACAGACCAAAAUUCAUCUUUUAUUUCAUAAUUGAAUGUUCAAAAAUCAAUCAAAGUCUUAUACAUGUACGUGUAUACGUGCACUUGCAUAAGGUCAAUUUCUAUCUGACACAGCUCAUUUGAUGAAUGUAUAAUAUCUUGUGAGCAAUUGUUUAUCAAAAAUCAGGAUCAGAACACAUAGAUAUGAAAAUCAGCUAGAUUACACAUGUAGCUGGUUUUUUGUAUGUUUCAACUAGCGCAAUAACCAGCCAGGAAGACAUGUAACCUUUCACCCUUGGACACAUUAUUCCUACUCAGUUCACUGAUGAGCAUGAGACUACGUAGACAGUUGAUCCUUUCUGGAAUUGCUAUUAUGUAAUACUAUCAAUUUGAUAAUGUUUGUGAUAAACUGAUCAGGGUCUUACUUGACAGAGCUCUACUGUUAUAGUUCAGGAUGAAAAGUUGGCUAAGUUGUAGUUCAUUGACAUUUUGAUAUUUUUGUUUGGUAUUUUUAUGUUGUAUUUUCAAACAUUUUCAUGUUUUUAAAAACAUACCAAAGCCUUUCUUAGCAUAAACAAUGCAAAUAUUAUGACAGUUGGAUGUAUACAUAGAAACAAAGUCAGUAAACGUGUACUGUAGACUAUAUAUAGUUUGUCAUGUUGAUAGCUAUGAUCAUAACCUGAAGCAUUGUAAGAAUGGGAUGUUAUUCAUCUAUAUUCUUCUCAAACAAUUUAUUUCUUUUGACUACUUUAAAAGUAAUAAUAUAGAUUCUGGACUGUAAUACACCAAGAGACAAUAUUUAUACAUUUGAUCACAUUAAUUAUAAAUUACUUAUUACAUUGGUUGCAAUAAAUUAUCAUGAUUUCCCAGUGAAAUAAAUCGGAUAUAGUUCCUUUCAUUUUUUACUUUAUUUCAAUUAAAAAGUCCAUGGUCAAUGUAAUAAAAAUAAUAACUAAUCCAAGAAUUAAAAUAUCGAAAAAAUAUUCAACUCGUGACUGAGCAACACUGAUACUUAACUCAUGCCCUAUGCGCGUUCGUGAAUUAAUGUGUUGUUCGGUCACUUGUUGAAUAUUUUUCUAUAUAUUUGAUUUCUUGGAUUAUUUAUUCUAUAAAUAUUUUAUUAUUUUUCAAAUCUCAAACAUCAAUGCCUUUCAGAGUGAUUGCAUGAUUUAAACUUUGUUCAACACCUGGGUACAGAGUUCAGACCUAUUAUCUUCAUUUUAAAUACAUUGUGAAAAAUGUUCAUAUUCUUAAAAAAAUCAAAUUUGUAAAAUAGAAUUUAUCCCAAAUAUCCAUUGAUGACUAUUUUUACAUGUCAGAUUUCUUUAUGAAUAGGAUCACAUGUUUUUAAAUAUUUUACACUUGUUAUAUUUAUAUUGUUAUUUGUUACAUAUUUCAGUUUUAAUAGAAAAUCAGUUUUACUCUCCUUUAUCUCAGUUAUUAAGUCAGUAUAAAUCCUUUUAGUCGUUGUAUCUUACCUGUAAGUCAAAUUAUUCAUUUUGAUACUUCUGAAAUUUACUUUCUCUGGUUUUCUACAUAUAAAAUGUAGGAAGAUGUGUCAUAAUGUCUGUCUGUCUGUCAUAAAAUAUUUCAACACAAAAUAUCUCCUUUGGUUACAUAGAAAUUGAAAGACAUUUCACAGAAUUGCUUUAUAAGGUACAAACUAACUUAUAUUUUGGUUUAUUGACUUGUAUUGAAAGUUUUAUCUGUUAUUAUUUAAACAAAUAUUUUUUUAAUUUUACAUAUUUAUUUACUUGAGAUUUUCACCAUAGUGCUGUAAUUAAAACUAAUUGAAAAGGCUAUUUUAGCUGGUGCACUGUUUUCAGUUUUAUUGGCAGAAAUAAUGUCUUUGAACAGACUAUAAAAUCUACAAGAAUUUUACCCUUUAAAUGAAUUUAUGGAAAAAAAAGUUGAUUUCUUGUUAUUUAAUAUCUUGUUUAUAUUUUUUCAUAUUUAUUGUCAAUUUUGAAUAAUGAUUAUUUUUCAAUGAUUGUUUAGAUUUAAAUUUAGAAGAUCAAACUUCUAAGAAUCAGGAUUAAAAGUUAUACUUCAGUGAGAGUGUAGUCUGUUUUACUACAUCAAUACGGUUUUUAUCUGAUGCCAAAUGUAAAAAUGAAUUAUUUAAUAGCUUUUAAAAUGUAUGAGUUUUAUGAAAUGUGAUUUUGAUAGGGCUAUGUAAGACUGUCCAAACAUUGCUAGAAUGAGUUUUGCUGAUUUUUGUUUUAGUCCAUUAAUGUUUCGAUAACAGAUGAGAAGGAAGCAAUUGUGCAGUUUAAAUAAGGAAUCAAGGUUUAAUGUGAUUUUGUUUAUGAUUUAUUUCUUGAAUUUUUAAUGAAGAAUAUUAUUCUAAUUGUCAUAAAUAAGUGUCUAUUGUCAAAGAAACAAAAAUCAUAAUAAUUUUUUUUAAAACUUUAUGCAAAAAAUCUAAAAUAACAUAAAAUUAUCAGACUUGAGAUAUUGGUAAAGGAAUAACUACAUUUUUUAAUACUCUAAAAUGUUAGUGUAUUAUUUAACCAUCUGAAAUUGAUUUUUUUGGGAGUGCGAUGUGCAAAAGUAGAAUUAAAGUUGAUUUCUGCAAGUAUUCAAUAGCAAUUCAUUUCCAUGUCUCUUUAAACGCUGAUUAAUUUUUGUCUAUUUUUAGUAAUUUCUCAAGGAGCAAGUUACAUAAUUGAAUUUAACCCAAUGAAUUAAGACUUUUGACUUGGAAUGGUCUGAAUGGUAAACAAUAAAAUUUUGCCAAACUUUUGGGCUUCUUAACUAUGAAAUCACAUCUCCCACUAAAUUUGAAUUCUCUUGCCCAAAUUAAUGUAAAAUUUGGGUACUUUUAGUUAAACGUUAUUAAAAACCAUGCUAGACAUACUUUGCCAUUAAUCAUCUAAGAACAAUAAUUAUUUGACAUAUUUAAUAAUCAGAAUGAAUUAUACACAAUAUCAUGUUAAACUUAUUAUAAAUCCAACAUGCUCAUAAUGAUCACUUAUUUUAUAUAAAUACUCUUUUUUUUUCCAUAGGUAUUUUCACAAACCAAGUAAUCUCAUUGGACAUUUGAAAAUUCUGAAGGAUAAAGCACUGCUUGUUUCAUUCCCUGGAAGUUGAAUACUCACUGUAUAGUAGUUCAAAACUUAUAUUUGAUAAUUGGAAACAUUGAUGAUCCCUAAUUUAUAAUCAGUUAAAGUACAGGAGAAAACAAUCGUUUUGACAUAAUUAAUACAAUUAAACUGUUAGGGUAAUCCUGAUCUCUAUAACCUCUGAUAAUGACACUGUUAGGGUAAUCCUGAUCUCUAUAGUCCUCUGUGAUAAUACUGAUACUGUUGAUCUCAGGUUCAAAAUUACUAACAUCUUAAAUGUACAUUUCCAAACUAAAAUGAUCCUCGGUAUAACAUGCUUUUGGUUAUUCUGUGACCCUUGUUUUUUUUUUUCAACUUUAGCACUCCUAGUGAAAGAGUGUGAAACUUAACCUAACAGGUUACUGAUUUUGUUCAGUCUCAUCAAUUCAAAUUUCAUUUUGUUUUAACUUGAGUAGUUUUUUUCCCUUUCUUUAAUAUCUGUCUGCGUUUAUUGUAUAUAGAAGGAUGGCUUCAUUGUUGUAAAUUGACAUUAAUCCAGGGUUUGUUAUUUGAUUAUAUAAUGCUGGUUCAAAAAUCAUUAAUGUUUGUUUGAAAGCUGUCAUACUUUUCAUUUUUCAGAUACUUUUGUGAGCAUUUUAAAAUUUGGCACGAAGAAGUGCUUUUCUUUAUAUGUCAGAACCAAAGAGGCAUUAUUCAGUUGGGAUUAUAAUGUUCUCUGUUGUUGUUCAAGAGUCAUGCUUAUUGAUAAAGGCUGCCAGCAUUUUCGUUAUAAGCAAAUUCCUGGAGAAUAUACAUACCAUAAUGUGCAUGAUCUUUUUCCAGAAUACAUUGUUUGAAAAUUUCUUAGGUUUGACGUGUGAAAUAAAUGUUACUAUUAUGAAUUAAUUCAUUUGUUCAUCACAUUUAUUUAUGAUUUUAUUUUUCAAGUCAACUUUAAGUAGAAAAGAUUGUUUUGUAAAUAAUAUAAAAUGUAAAUAGUUAAUGAUUGGUGACUGGUUUUAUAGUGUAAGUAACAUGUUAUAUUUAAUUCUACCUUAUAUAUAAUUUUUUCUUCCAUUUUCUGAAUUGAAAUUUCUCCAAUAUAAUAAAAAUGAACCUUGCUCAUAUGUAGCAUAAUACAUCCAGAAAUUACACAAACCGUUAUUGUAGUCUUGAGAUAUCUAAAGAGUGGUCAAACUCUAAUAACUCUCUAUAUAAAAUGUGUAUACCUUUACUUCAUCUUUACUACAUAUAUUCAUUGAAAGGUACAACAAAACUUGUUGAAAUUUACUUGCAUCUUAUUAUUUAGGAUACCGUAAUCAAUGAUAAUAUAAAUAGUUGUAGGUCAUUUACAAUUUUCACAUCCCUGAAUGACUUAAUUUUAAAACUCACCUGUAGAUUACAAGCAGUUAUCCCCCUUUAAAUCUUCUAUUCUCUUGUCACCCACCUGUUUAUCAUCCAUAUAUGAUCAUAUGGAUUUGCUAUGACAUUAGAACUAAGGCUUCUAUUUGAUAUAACAAGUCAACACUUGAGCUUUAUUUCACAAUGUAUGAGUGUAAAUUAAGAUGUUCACUUGUCCAUAUUUUAUUAUUUGUUUAUGAAUUUGAUGUAAUUUUAAAUGUUUUUGUUUUUGCUUUCCAUGUAGCUUAUUGACAUUAUUUUUGCUUGUACCUUUUGUACAAUUUUUAGUUAGCUUUAAAACUUGAUAACCUGAAACAAAGUGAUUUUAUCCUAUUAUAAUUUGGAAUGGAUUGUUUUACUUUAUAUUUUGCAUAAUAUAAUCAAUGAUCAAAGUUUACUUAUAUAUUUAGUUCCUAUGAAUCUCAUGUUAAAAGCUUUACUCGUGUGAUCAAAUGUUGUACAGUUUUUGUGAAGUUUGCUCAAAAUAAGAUCGGUAUCUUUGCAUAUCAAACAUUUUAUUAGCAAUCAAUAUACAUUUAUUACAUAUAUUGUAGUCCGCAUAACAUGCAUUUCCAUAGGUGUCAAAAAUAUUAUCUCAGCUUCGUAAGUACAAUGAACACCUAGUAAUCUAUAGCUAAACCAAAGUAAAUUAAAGAAAUUUGAAUUCAGUGUUUACUUUAUACCAGUUUACUGUAUAAUUUUUAUUUUGGCUAGUAACUCAUAGAAAUGCAAGUGAAAAUAGGAUGAAUUCAAGAUCUGUAAAAUGUAAUUGAUAAUCAAUCUUGAGGCAUACUUACAAUAUCCCUGUCUGGGUGAAUGUUUUCAGCAACAGAAAAUAAGUUUAGAAGGCUCUGUCUGUACUGGAACUUCCCAGUGUAAUCCUUAAAAGUAAGAUAUAAGUGCCGAUAUUGCUGACUUUUUAAAAAAAAAAUAGCAUAAAAGUGAAUCUCUAUACUAUGGGCAAAUUAUUUACUAAAUCAUGACCAGAAGUUUUACCUGUGCCAAUUUUUCAAGGUAUUAUAUAUUAGGGGUACCAAUGAUGCCUAAGAAUACCAUUGUUAAUCUAAAUUAAAAACUGAUCUUCUGCUUGUUAAAGUAAAGUACAUGUACUUUUAAAUGUCAAGUUUUUCUGUGAACAGUUUUGUUCCGAAUCUAGUGCUUUGGGCUGAAUCUAGUGCUACAUAUUACAGCUUUGUACUCAAUCUCUUGCUACAUAUUACUGCUUUGCACUGAAUCUCUUACCUUGUACCACAAGUUUUGUUGUAUUUUUUUGCUACUGUGCCUUUAUUUUGUUUGUUAUGUACGACUUUGACUGUUGAAUUGAUCAAGUGCUCUCUCCUUAGUGUUGUUUGAAUACCAUAGUGCUCACAUUUUACUAUUUGUUUACAACCUAAGUGCUAAAAUCAAAUUUCUAAAUUUAUUUUACGGAAUGUCUUAGUGCUACCUUUAUACAUAAUCUUUAUGAUGUAAUGGUUCAAUCAAUAAAAGAAUGGGACAACCUCAAUUUUUGCUGUGAUACCUACUGUAGAAAGUAAAACAAUGUAAGAUACCAACUAAUAAAGCUUUCUUUAAUAUCUAUAAAGCAUUAUUUUUCUGACUGACCAUAUAAAUACUCAUUUCAAUUUACCAAAACUGAAUCCUAAUUAAUAGUUACAACUAAUCACUUUUACCAAAAGCUACAUUGUUGAUGCAUUAUAAGAUGUUAAUUUAGAAUGUGAAUCUUGGGUGUUUUCUUUGUAAAGUCAAAAUUAACGGGCAUUUUGGUUUGAAGACUGAAUAUUUUUUAUCACCAUCAUGUUACCAUUGUAAUCAUGUGAUUGAGAUUUUCAACAGUUGUAAAGCAUUUUCCCAUAAAACAAUCACAUGAAAGUUAAAGGCUGAUACAUUUUUAUUUCUUUAGAAUUUCCACUGAUUCAUAAAACUGUAUGAAGAAAAAUUAAUGACAAACAUUUCCAUAAAUACAAUUUGAAUAUUAUUUUGACUGGUAAAUUAAAUUCCUUACAUAAAACAAAAUCCAAGGUUUUUGUUGCUUUUUUUUUUUUUUUUGUAACCAUCAGAAAUUAUUUGAAUAUCUAUAAUUAUAUGUAGUAAAGUUAAUAUUAGGCUUAGAUUUUUGAGUGACCUUUUUGCAUACAUUGAAUGUUUUUAAGUAUAGGGUAUACAUUUUAUUUAAUCAAAUUCUUUGUUGUUUUUUUUUUUAUUCAGUGUGGUUAUUAAAUUAUACUUUGUUGUAUAAAAGUGGUAAAAAUGAUUCUGUACAAAUUAAUUACAUGUUGUCAUUGCUUUACUGUAUUACUUUUGAAAUACUUAUUUUUUUCCAAUACAGCCUUUGGCAGCUAUUUUAUUGCACAAAUCAUAUUUUCCUUGCUUUUAAAUAAAUGGAAUUGAUGAACAAACAAUGAAUUGCCACAAAGUGUUUCAUUUUAAUAAAGAAUUUGCUUGAAA